AUGGUGGAUAGUUCCUUCGUAGUAAACGAGCUCACGGACCAGGGAUAUCAUUUCUCUGCGAUUGACACGGCAAAGAUUAAGCACGACGGGCAGUUCGCCGAAGGGUAUGUUACUGAUCAAUCUAGCAUUCUCGUCAAAUCUCGUGGUGGAGUUAGUGGCAUUGUUGAUCUGACACCAAGCAUCAACCUCAAAGGAGGGCUUCACCGUGAUGAAGUGAAGCUAGAAUGCAGAGAAUAUCUGAUUCAAGCAGAUCCCAACACAAAUUUAGUCGCACAGAAGACGUUGAUCCCCUCCAUUCGGUAUUCUGGCGCAGGUGCCAUGGGUGAUCAGUCCAACAUGACGUCUGAGGCCCGACUAUCAGCCUUUGUUGCAACUGCUGUCUUUGGCGUGAGUAACGUGAAUCAGAGUAUGGAGUAUGUACCGAACAGCUGGUGCUAUCUGCAGGAUGAUUGGAGCUCCAUGAAUAUGCUAGAGAUUGAUUUGACAGCAGCUGGUGAAACACAAAUCAGCGUUCAACAGACAACACCUCCUGGGGUUUUGGGAAGAGGGUCUAUGUAG